AUGGCUAGCCCACAGGUUCUAGUUUUCGAUGCUGAGGGCCGCCCAGUGAAAUUUGACACCUGGCUCGAUGACCUGCACCUCUACCUACAGCUCACAGCCAAGGACGACAUCUCACUGUACGACCACGCCCUAGGCCAUAUCACUGCCCCUGCUGCUACUGCUGACAGCACUGCUCGCUCACAGUGGCAGACUCGUGAUGCCCACGCUCGCUUUGCUAUUCGCAACUCCCUGCCGAUAGACGAACGCGAGCACUUUGGCCAGCACAAGACUGCACAGGCACUGUACACAGCUGUCGUUGCUCGCUACUCCUCACCUGCCUCUGCCGCGCUAGGCCGUCUCUCCCUCCCCUACCUGUUUCCCGACCUGGCCUCGUUCCACACAGUCGCUGACCUCAUCACGCACCUCCGUACUAGUGAGGCCCGCUUCCGUGCCGCCAUGCCUGUUGAGGACCACUUGCUCGCUCGCUGCCCCACUGAGCUCACCAUUGCCCUCCUCGAGAAGGAACUACUUGCAGCUGAGACUAGCAUAGUCGCUGUAGGUGCCUCUCGUGGCGACCCCCGUACCCCGUUCUUUCAGGGGUGUUCUCCUUCCCCCAUUCUUCCCUCUGUCGCCUCUGCUGCUGUUGUCGACCUCCUUGGUGCUGAGAAGGUCGGUACUGCAUCUGCUUUGAGCGAGCGCCGCGGCGGCAAGGGCAAAGGGGGCAAGGGUGGUGGCGGUGACGGCGGGGGAGGCGGUAGUGGAGGCGGUGGAGGCGGUGGGGGUGGUGGCGCGACUCGAGAGGCUAGUGGCAGCGGUGGGGGUGGUGGCGGCAGCGGCGGGGGAGGUGGCAGGGGCGGAGGCGGUGGUUGGGGUGGCGGUGGACGAGGCGGCGGCCGGGGUUGGGGUGGUCGAGGAGGUGGUGGCGGCGGUGGUGGUCAUGGAGGCGCUGGCGUUGGCCAAGGCCAGCAGCACACUCCGUCAUCCCAGGAGUUCCCUCAGGCCACUGAGCUGCCCCGCUGGAUUGAUCUCCUGAAGAAGGGGAUUGAUAUCUAUGCUCUAGACUUUGAUGCUAUUCUAUCUGCUAUGUAUGUGAUGUCUACUAGUGGAGAGGGUGCUGAGUACCUGUGUGUGCCGCCCGACUCGGGCAUUAGGACUAGUGCGUCUGCCGCUCCAGGUACUUGCGUGCCGGCUACCCCAGGUGCUGGUGAGGCAGCUGCUCUAGGUGCUUGUGCGUCUGCCCCCCUUGGUACUGAGUCGACUGCAGCACUGCACACCUUCACACUGGAAUCAGGUGCUUCUCGCUGUUUCUUUUGUGACCGCACUGCCCUUGAGCCGCUCGCUCGGCCAGUUGCUGUCUCCCUUGCUGACCCCUCUGGGGGUCCGGUCAUUGCGACCUCUUCCACUGUCCUUCCCUGUCCUGCGGUCCCGUCGGGCACACUGUCAGGUCUCCACCUCCCCUCGUUCUCUACGAACUUGGUGGCAGGAUGUGCGCUCCAGGACGGGGGUGUUCACGAGUUCAUCCCUGCCUACGAGCGCGUGACACACUGUACGUGUGCUCGUACGGGCCGUCACUUGGCUACCUUCACUCGGCAGCCGGGGUUGGACCUGUACACACUGACUACUGAGUCCCCUCAGGUUGCUGCGUCUGCGUCUGCGUCCGCGUCAGGUCAGCUGUUGGCCCCCUGCUCGUGUCGCGCUCUGGCGCACGAGACUGUCCUCUGGCACCACCGCCUUGGCCACCCGUCUGUGCAGCGGCUUCGUGCCAUGCACUCCCGGUACCUUGUCUCUUGCCUGCCCAGGGUCCUUCCUCCCCUCCCACCCUCACCUGCUCCUACCUGUCUCCCCUGUGUCGAGGGACGGCAGCGCGCUGCUCCUCACUCCUCCUCGUUUCCCCCGACGACUGCUCCCUUGCAGACGCUCCACAUGGACGUGUGGGGCCCAGCCCACGUGCGUGGUCAGGGUCAAGAGAGGUACUUCCUGAUAGUUGUUGACGACUACUCGCGCUACACCUCGGUCUUCCCCUUGCGCACCAAGGCCUACUGUGCUAAGCACGGCAUUGAGCAGUCGUUCACGCUUCCGGCCUCUCCACAGCAGAAUGGGGUUGCGGAGCGCCGCAUUGGCCUGGUCAUGGAGGUCGCCCGUACCUCCUUGAUCCAUGCGGCUGCCCCCCACUUUCUGUGGCCGUUUGCGGUCCGGUACGCUGCGCAUCAGCUCAACCUCUGGCCCCGUGUCUCCUUGCUGGAGACCUCGCCCACACUUCUGUGGACGGGGGAGGUUGGCGAUGCGUCACGUUUCCGGGUCUGGGGAUCUCGAGCUUUUGUCCGCGAUACGUCUGCGGACAAGUUCUCCUCCCGUGCUGUUCCCAGCGUCGUCCUUGGCUUUGUCCCAGACGCGUCUGGAUGGCAGUUUUACCACGCCACCUUGCGCCGAGUCUUGCCCUCUCAGGACGUCACUUUUGACAAGUCCGUCCCCUACUACCACCUCUUCCCCUACCGCACUGCCCCGCUCCCCCCCCCCCCCCCCCCCCGCCUUUCUUUCUCGCGCCAGGUGCUAUUGUUGUAG